AUGUACCUUUUUUUCUUUCACCUCCUUUGCGCGCUCUGUUGGACCUCCAAAGUUACCCUGCUCAAAGCUGUACAUCAGAUGACAUUCGACCCUCCCCUACCUGGCCAAACAUGA